AUGGUUACAGUUGAAAAACGAUAUACAACAGUAUCUACCAGCCAGAAACGUCCAUCAAGACGUUAUGUUCUCGAAGAUCCAUAUAAAACAACUAGAACAAGUCGUAAACAAACAACGAUUGUUACUUCUAAUGGAGAACAACAGCGACAAAAUUCAUUAAGAUCUCGUUCAAACGAUUAUUUUAUUCUAAAUGGUCAAAAUGGCUAUGAUGAAUACGAUGUUGAACGUUCAUUUCAUAAUAUUGAGUCAACACCUGGUACACCGAUAAGAUAUAUUGAUGAAACAAAUAGAACAAAUCGUACACAAACAAUAGUUGUUGCUUCUAAUGAUGAACAACAGCGACAAAAUUUAUUAAAAUUUAAUUCAAAUGAUUAUUUUAUUCUUAAUGGUCAAAAUGGCUAUGAUGAAUACGAUGUUGAACGUUCAUUCUAUGAUAUUGAGUCAUCACCUGGUACACCGAUAAGAUAUUUUGAUAAUAAUAGUAUUGAACAAAUAUUAGAAAUGAAUGAAGGUGGGCGAACAUUAUCAUCGUCAAGAUCAUUACAAUCAUUGGUAUCACCUGAUAUGAGAUAUUAUCCAAUUAAUGUUGAUCCAAAUCCAGAAUUAAUCGUUCGAUCAAAUGGACAACGUGUAAAAUAUAGACAAGAUGUAAGCAUCAGAUAUUUAAGGCCGCCGACUCCUCCACCUCCAGGACCAAUUAUUAUUCGUGAGGUCUAUGCUCCAUCUCGUCCAGUAGCACCACCAGUUAUUUUAAGACAACGUCCACGACGUCCGAGAACACCUUCACCAAUUAUUAUUCGUGAACGUCCUCCUGAUCCUCCAGAACGCGUGCCAACAACAGUUAUACAGAAAGUUAUACCACAACUAACACCUUCUCCUCGCAAAUUAAUUAUUGAACGGUUACCUACUAUGCCAUCUAAACCUCCUCCUGUUAUAAUUGAACGUUGGCUACCAUAUAAUAAACAAAAACGUCAAGUUGUGUAUGAACGUGCUAAACCAUUAGAACCAGUGGAAAAUAUAAAAAAUACAAUUAUUGAAUGGAAAUCCCCUGAAGUUGAGUUAGUUAAACACGUCGAAGAACUUGGCGUACAAGAAGCUGAUCCUGUUCGUUAUUAUGAACAAUAUGGUGAUAAAUUAUAUACAACAGAAUUUAUAGAAAGAAAAUUUCAAGAAUUAGGUUUGCAAGAUGAAUUAUUGACUAUACAACAACAACAAGUCACAAUGACAAACGAUAAUGAAACAUAUGAUUUUCAAAAUAGUGAUGAAGAUAGCUUAAGACAAAUAUUAAGUGAAUAUAAUACAUCCUCAACUCACCAAUUAACAUCAUCAAGACAAGAUAGUAAUUUACUACGCCUGUUAAAUGAAAAAGAUAUUGAAACGUCAGAAAUUAAUAUUGAUCAAAUUGUUGAUGAUGAAGAAAGUUAUACUGAACGUCGUUCACCAAUAACAAAUCAUAAUAAUAAUCUAGUUAUAUAUGAAAUGACGGAAAAUACAAAUAGUGAUAGUGGUACAUUAACAAAUAUUAUUGAAAAUAAGACAACUGAUGAUCAUUCAUAUAGAUUAACAGAAGAAAAGAUAAAUCACAAUAAUGAACAUACUGGUAAAUUUUCAACAAUCCUAUGA